GCCCCCCCACGUGCACUCUCACACAGCAGGCAUCAAAGCCUUUACGUCAAGCCAGACAGGAAGAAGAAAGCAGAUCUGAUGGCACGAUAGCCGGGUCCUCUCGUCCAUCGAAACAAAUGCAUACCCGCUUCUUUCGCCCAUGGAUGCGCUAUCCAGUUUUACACGGAUUUCGUCGUGCGCACUGAAGCUGAGCUGAUCCUAUGGCAGACAUCAGCCCGCCUUGUACCGUCGCCCAUCUGAUCCACUGUGAGAGAAAAUAACUCGAUGAGAGGGAGUGAGAUGAAAAGGCAACAACGACCAUCACUACUCGCCUUAUCGGCACUCCUGCUCUGCACAUUACACCAGACGGCUGGGUCCGGCAGAUCUCAUCGCAGCAGCUCAGCAUCAUCACCAUUAUUAUCAUCAUCAACAACAACAACAUCCCCAUCAGAGGUGAAAGGCAGGGAUAAUGUGGGGACGCCCCAUAACUGGCUAAAACAGACUAACAUCAGCUCCAACUAUGGCAAUCACAGCCACGAAAGUAGGCCAGCACCAAAGCUUGCAGAGGUAACAGGCCGGGUGAAUAGCUUCUCUUUCAACACCAGCAGAGGCAAUAUUACUACUGUGAUAUCUGAAAGGUCUGGCAGGGCACCAAGCUGGAGCCCAGACGAAGGGGUGUCACCGCUGUGUGCCUAUCGAGUGAUUGAGGGAGGCAUUGGAGGGCAGCUGUGUUUUCGAAACACACUGUUUGGGUACAAGUGUCCUAAGGGAGACUGCAGGACAGUGGUGUCUUUGGGGAAUCUGGUGGCAAAUAUUCUUCUCAAUGGCAGCGUACUGUUACAGUGGACCCACGACGGAGAAUCCACGACGACCGGCCGAGAUGUAAAGACUGGGGAGACUGCAGCUGGUCAGAAGGGCAGCAGGGAUCCCGGGACGAAUUCAACAAGAGAGGACACUCUGCGAUCAAGCACUGCUUCCAGGGGCCGACGUCACAGACGAGGAGGCUUUGAGUUAAGCUGCUGGUGGAAUGGAAGCUAUACUCAGUUUGAGUGUGCUGGUGUCCAUCUUGGAUCCGGCUGCAGGGACUUUCUCCUGACCGAGCUGCACGAGAACAUCCCCUAUCGGCUCUGCCUGCACUCCCUGGCCCGCUCUGAUCCGCCUCAGAGAGCAGACCAGCGGGACUGUGUAGAGUUUACCCUGCCGCCGUCUGGGAUGCAGGACAUUGUGAUCGCCAUGACAACAGUGGGGGGAGCUAUUUGUGUGAUGCUGGUCAUCAUCUGCUUGCUGGUGGCAUAUAUCACAGAAAACAUCAUGAGCCCCACGACACAGCACACAUACUCCUACCGCACUCACUCGCGCCACUGAUGCACCACUAAAUAAAUAAAAUGACCUACAUUUAACAUCCAUGACCAUGUCUAAUCUCACAACCAUAUUCACUCAUUACCCAAAAUAACACUUUUUCAAUCAGCCACAUAAUAAGAUAUAUACAUCCUGUUAUGACUGAAUUGAAGCACAAUCUACUGUGGCUCUGCAAAUAACAUGCCUUGUCAACCUCUGCGAGGAUGCACUGAACCAAAAGUACCGACAACCUACAUUUAGUGAAUACAGUGGUUUACUGUGUUAUGUUUUUGUUCAAGGUCGUCCGUGAUUGAGUCUGUCAAUCUGUGUGCUGGCAGUAUUUUCACAGCAAUACAAUUAAUGAAAUGGCUAAUGGUAUGUCAGAAACAGCAGUGUUGCUAAAUGUGUGGCCUGUGAAAGUGUCCGGACCAGUCCUGUCAUUGCUGGGUCACAGAAACAUCUAACUUUACUGAAUUACGUUUUUCCACUUGACUAAACCAUCCCACCAUCUUGUUUUGCUUUUAGGUCUGCAUACAGUACAGUAUGUAUUUGUACCAUUUUGUGAAGGGCAAUACAAUCUGGUGUACAAUCUCUAAAUACUGUGCCAAACAUCUUGAGUUAGAAUGCCUUUAUGUCCUGCUGUCAGUGAAUAAAGAACCAUGAGGUCAUUUGUAAUA